AAUAAAACAAAAAAAAUAAAAUAAAAUAAAAUAAAAUUACGAACUGAAACUAAAAUAAUAAUUAUUAAAACAUCGUAAAAAAAACAGAUAACGUCAAAGAUUAUUUUUAAAAUACAUAACAUUAGCAAAAUGUUUCCACAUCAAUAUUUCUUGAUUGUAGUGGGUUAUUGUUUACUGUGAUGAAAUGGAAAAAGAGAGAAUUUUGGUGUGAGUUGAAUCUGCGGUUAAAAAAUUAAAGGAGCAGCAGCAGCAGCACCGGGAAUGGGGCGGGCUUAAACACAUCUGGAUGAAAAACAUCUGGACUUCUACUUCGCUGCAGAAGAAUAGACUGGAAACAAAACAAAACGAAUAUCGGGCUCUGUGACAGAUAGACGGGAGAACAAAGGAGCAGAAAAGGACAGGGGGACGCAUAGGAGUACAAAAGGACGUAAGGGGACAAAAAUACAAAAUGAGGGGUUAGUGCUGCAGGGGCUGCAGCUGGAGAUCAUUUAAAAAAAAAUGAAGUUCUGGUUCCCGACUCUUUGGACCUGGAUUCUAAUCUUUAUCAGUGGAGGCUUCCAUAAAGAUGCCUCCUCCAGUCACCUCACCUUUAACCUGUGUAAAUGGUGUGAAUCAACCACGCCUGUGUGUCAAGACCACGUCUGCUUCACUAACUGCUCAUUGUCGUCCUUCUGCACCGCCAGUGAGGAGAUCUGUGUGGCGCUGUGGAGGAAGACUAAUGACACCAUGACAGUCCAAACCAUGUGCCAUUUGCCCGAGUUGCCUUUAGAGGGUGUGGAAUCUGGUCUGCUGCAAAACUCCACAUCCAGAGAAUGCCAUAUGAUCCAGCAGCAGGCAGUGAAUGAAGCCAUGAUGAUGGUUUGUGGCUGCAGUGGAGAGCAUGAGUGCAAUGACCAGCUCAUUUUCAACAAAAGGGCCAAUGGGUUUUUCAAGCUCCAAAGUAAAGACGUGGUGCCAGUGGUCGUGGUCAGUUUGGUACCCCUCCUCCUAGUUGCGGCCCUUGUUGUCACGUUCUUCUACUUCUACCGCAACAAUUGCGACCAUAAACCACGCCAAACUUCACGCUCAGACUGGACCGCCAAAGGCGCCCCAGAACUCUACCAGACAUUAGACCUGCUGUCUGAUGGAGGAAGAGAAGGAGCAGACACACAUACUCUGCCGGAACAAUCAGUGGACACUGACAAUAUCAGUGACGUCAACAACUGGCAGGGAAAUCUUGCAGAACCACUACAUAUUAAACUCGAGGUGCUCAUUGGGAAGGGUCGAUUCGCAGAAGUGUGGCGGGCUUGCCUCCUGCAGGGUGAGAGAGAUGGAGUGAGCAGUUAUGAAACUGUCGCGGUAAAGGUGUUCCCUGCCCUGGAGUACACCUCGUGGAGAAAUGAAUUCUUAAUCUUCACAGACCCAAAGCUAAAGCACGAGAAUGUGGUUCAGUUCCUCGCAGCCGAGGAAAGGGGUCUCCCUGGUCACCCCCACAGGAAGUACUGGCUGGUUCUAGAAUACUACAGCUUUGGCAACCUCCAAGACUUUCUGACAGCAAAUACCCUGAGCUGGGAGGAGCUUGUUGCCUUAGCGGGGAGUGUUGCUAAAGGUUUAGCUCACCUGCACAGUGACAUGACUCCUAGUGGUGUACCAAAGAUACCUGUGGCUCAUCGGGACCUGAAGAGUAGUAACAUUGUGGUGAAAAGCCGGAAGGAGUGUGCUCUCUGUGAUUUUGGUCUGGCCCUGAGACUGGAUGCAUCCCUCACUGUGGAUGACUAUGCGAACAGUGGACAGGUAGGAACAGCAAGAUACAUGGCACCUGAAGUACUGGAGUCCAGGGUGAACCUUGAGGAUCUGGAGGCUUUCAAACAGAUGGAUGUUUAUUCCAUGGCUCUUGUUUUGUGGGAAAUGGCCUCUCGCUGCCAGGCCAUCGGAAAGGUGGAGAGCUACAAGCCCGCAUUUGGCUCCAAGGUUUGUGAGCAGCCUUGUGUGGAGAGCAUGAGAGACCUGGUACUGAGGGACAGAGGACGACCAGAGAUUCCACCAGCAUGGACGCAACAUCCAGGAAUGAAUGUCUUCUGUUCGUCCAUCACCGAGUGCUGGGAUCAUGAUCCAGAAGCCAGACUGACAGCUCACUGUGUUGUGGAGCGUUUAAGUGCUUUACAACAGGAGGAGCAGGACUGGGUGGAGCAGGAGCCGCAGGGUAAAACAGGUGCAGAGACCACAAGACAGGAGUGUGAAAUCUGACGACAGCUUCUUCGUCUUAAUCUAUCAGCCUUCAGGUUUCUCAGCUGCACACAGAUACUACGGACAAAACACUCCAUUGAGUGUCAUGGGAACUUAAGUGAAAAUCUCUGCUGGCAGGGAUGAACUCUUUGACUCUCCUCUCUUGUAUGAAAAUCUUAGCUAAAAUGAAACAUGUAUAGAUUUCCUGUCUUGUGUUGAUUGUUAAAAUUGGUUCUGUUGCAUUAUACUGAUUUUUAAAGAUAAAAUAAUAUUAAAAUAUAACAACUAUAAUCAAGAUACACAAGAUACGUGUUAUGUCAUACUAAACUUGAGAUACCUAUAUAUAUAUAUAUAAAACUGGAUUCAUCAAUCACACCGCAGGUAUCAAAGACAACCAGGUUUUUGGUGACAUUUUCCACCCAGUCCUUGUUACAUUCUCUGGUCCUAAACAUUCCUCAACUUCCACAAAUAAAGAGAAACAAUUGAAAAAAAAAAGUAGUACAUGGCUGGAAAAUGUUUAUGGUUUUAGUGGUUUGUGGUGUGGAAUGCUUUUUAUAUGCUUAUGCUUAUUUUUUUUAAAAUGUGUUUGGAAUUGUUUUCUGUAUGCUUUCACUGUACUAGUACUUGAUUGUACGUUUCAUUGUCAGAGAGGUUUGCUUUGUUUUUGUUUUGGUUUUUUUUUCAAUUAAAGUUU